AUGGAAACGUCAGAGCUUGAUUUGAGUCGUAUUCAUGGAUUUACAUCAUGGAUCAAUAUGCGACUAAUGCCUUUUGAACAAGGUCUUAAUCAUAUCUUAACAGAUUUAAUGAAAGGCACUAAUAUGAAAAUGUUAUUACAAAGUGUUACUGGAACCACGACAGAAAAAAUUCAAUCGUUUGAAAAAUUAAGUCCUGAACAAAUAAGAACUCGAUGUGAAUGGGCUGUUAAACACUUGAAAGAACAUCAAGUGAUACCAGAAGAUGUUCAAGUAGAUGCUCGUUUAUUUGCUGUACGAAGUGCAAAACAUGUAUUUGAUCUCCUUUGGCGAUUAGUCGAGCAUGAUAUUUGGUUUUUAUGGGAACGGAUCGAUUUUCUUCUUCAAGACGAUGCAGUUGCAUUAUUAUCAGUACCGUUGAAGUGGAUUCCAACUGAUACUUCAUCGAUAACGGAUAAGCCGCCUGUAAAUGUAUCACUCUUAGCUGGUUUUGGUACAAAAGAUGUUGUAGAUGAUGUCAUGACUCAAGCUGGUCAACCUGGUAAAAAGCCAGGUAAAUUCUCUGAAACUGAACAAAUGCUUGCUUUUUCUAAACGAAAUCUUACGAAAAAAUAUCCGAAACCAAGUGCAUGUAUCAUUGAAAUGAUUCAAAUUGUUUUACAAAAACUUCCAGAAGGACGCAGAAUUAAUUUUACUAAACUAAAUGAACUAUCGGAUUUACGAGUUUUAUGUAGUUUAGUAAAUUAUUUUGUACCAAAUCUUAUUCCAACUGAAAUUCUACUCAAUGACAGAUGGAGUUUAAAUUUAACACUCGCUAUUAUUGAUGAUGUUCUGUGCUGUAAAUCAAAUUUAGCCUCCGAAGAUCUUGUCUUGGGCGACGAAAUGUCAAUCUGUGCAUUUAUGUGUUAUUUUUUUCUAGUCUUUCUAAAAUAUCGUCAAAAUGAAAUUGCUAUUCGACGAACAGAGGAAAUCCGGCGAAGACACUUCAAUGCUGUGCAAAAACUUCGUGCAACAAAUCAAAGUGGUCAGGUUAUAGAUAUGCCAUAUAUAGAACAAGAAGUCUUCCAAUGCAGUACUGAAUUAUCAAACUUAAGAAAAAAAUAUGAUUUACAAAGUGCAUUACAAUGGCACGAACAUGUUGAACAAACUCGAUUGAAAGUAAUAACAAUAAUUGGAAAUAAACUUAAAGUGCGUUUUGAUUGGUUUGAUAUACCUGAAGAGAUAACAAUAGCAGAAAUUUGUCGACGAAAAGCAGUUAAUCUAGUUCUUACGGAAGGUUCUGCAUUUUAUCGAAUAUUAGAUCAAAAACAAGAAAUCGUUACUGCAGAACGAUCGUUUAUUUUAAUACACAAGCAAACGCGGCAAAUCAUUGUUGAUAAAUCGUUAUGUAAAAGGGAUGACGAUAGUCUCAAUCCAAUUAUCCGAAAAGCAAACGUUCGUUCAAUUUUGGGUAUUGCCAAUGCCAAUGAUCAUACGGAAGUAAAAGCAGAUCGAUAUCCUCAAUAUGAAGUUUACAUCAAUUCUCCAUCUCAAAAUAAAGUUUUACCUGAUAAAACAACAUUUUUAUAUCAAGUGUUUCCUGAUUCAUUAAAAUUCUAUCAUAAUUUUCUUCUCAAAGCCUGUGGUGAAGGCCAUUUUGAUUCUGUUUUUCAUCUUGUUCAAUUUCUUCAAAAGCUCUAUCCAGAUUUUAUUAAUAUGCAUGACGCAUAUACAUUAAAUACAGCGCUACAUGUUGCUUGUAGACAUAACAAUAUGAAUAUUGCUCGAUAUUGUUUGGAUAAUGGUGCUCAUGUCGAUAGUUUGAAUAAAGAUGGAAACACUCCUUUAUUUUGUGCAGCCGAAAGAUUUUCAAAUUCAUGUGCAAAGCUGUUACUUGAAUAUGGUGCAGAUAUGACAAUUACGAAUAGUCGAAAAAGAACAGUUACCGAAUCGUGUAUUAGUGAUGAAUUUCAACAAACAUUAACCGAUGUCAGUACUUUUAUUGGAUCUGUAGUACCAGCUUUAACAAGUGGCGAUAGAGAAACACUUGACAAAGUGAUUUCUGAUCACGUUGAAGAUCGAUAUACACUAAGUUCAUUGAAUAGCCGAUUUAUCAAUGGAAGUACUCUACUUCAUACAGCAUGCUAUUUUAAUAAUAUACCUGCUGUUAAACGUCUUCUUAAAUUAGGUGUAAAUCCUGAUGUAAGAGAUUAUCAAGGUAAAACAGCUCUACAUCGAACAAGAGAUUUACAAAUUAUAAAAUUUCUUAUUGAAUCAAAUGCUGAUGUGAAUGCAACAGAUCAUGAUGGUAACACUCCAUUACACACAAAGUGUGCUGGCGAAUAUAAUAAGCCAAUUGAAUUACAUGCUAUUCAAGUUCUUCAUGAAUAUGGAGCCUCAUUGGAAAAAUGUAAUUCAAAUGAUGAAACAUGUUUUCAUAUAGCAGCACGCAAUGGACAUACAGAAAUCUUACGAUUAUUAUUUGAACUUGGCGAAGAAACUGUUCGAGAAUCUGUUCGAACAGUUGAACAAAAAUUAACUCCACAAAAUUUUUCAACACUUGCAUUGGCCAUACAUAAUGAUCAUUUAGAUGCAGCUAAAUGGUUAGCUGAACAUGAAUUUACAUUCAAACAGAAUGAAGCUAAAGACUUAAUUAAUGAAAUUCUAACAGAAAAAAUAUCUUCAGCAGAACCUGAACGUCUUUUACAAUUUCUUUGUAAAGAAGGUAAUGCAACAUUAUCAACUAUUUAUCAAGAAGGAAAUACUGCUCUCCAUUUGGCUGCAUCAAUGGCAUCUGUAGAACCACUAAAAUUAUUAUUGACACUUGGUUUUGAUCCAAAUGCAGUUAAUCAAACAAAAGAAACACCUCUAUUUGUUGCUGCUCGUACGAAUAAUUUAGAUGCAGCUUGUGUUCUUAUCGAUAAUGGUGUUGAUUAUCGAAUUAAGAAUAUUGAAGGCUAUACAGCAUUUGAUUAUAUUCUUGAUAUUGAUGAAUGGUUAUCAUCAGAUAAAUUCGAUGAAGAAACACAAGCAUGUUUUCGAGCUUAUAAAUAUAAAGAUAUACGAACAUUAAUCUAUACGGUAUCAUCGAAACUUGAUCAAUUUGAUGCACGUAUAACAGCUAAUCGUAAUAUACAUUUACAGAAGGCAUACCAAAAAUUUAGCUACGAAAUCAAUAAAACUGAACAACAAGUUUUUCAAUCGCCUCGUCUACGAAAACGAUAA